AUGCCUGGUUGACAGUUGCUGUAUUGUUUGAUGUGAAAAAUAGCCACUGAGAUGAGAUUACUGGUGCAAUUUGACAACUCAUAAAAUAGAUAGACAUCACUGAUCAGCUGGGGCAUAGUUGGCCUCCAUGGAACUGUAGAAUGAGAAUGAUGAGUGUGCCAGCCUGAUGCUGGCAAGCACUCGGAUUCUUGGGUAACAGGCCAGUUGUGCUGCCCACUGUGGCUGUUUUGGACUUCAGGUAUGACACCAAAGCCAAGUGGCUCCGCAAAAGCCGAUGAGACACCUGUCAGGGUGGCAGUCCGGAUCAGACCACUGUUGCCCAAGGAAAUUUUACACGGACAUCAGUCUUGUGUCCACAUCGACCUCGACUUGCAGCAGAUUACACUUGGAAAUAAUCGACAUUUUCAAUUUGACGUGAUCUUUGAUCAGACUUCGAGCCAGGAUGAGGUGUACAGCAGCUGUGUGGAACCACUGGUUGAGGCUUUCUUUGAGGGUUUCAAUGCCACCGUGUUUGCCUAUGGACAGACUGGAUCAGGCAAAACGUAUACUGUUGGUGAAGCUUAUAUAUCUUCUGUUACUGAUGAUGAUCAGGGUAUUAUCCCCCGUGCUUUGGCUGAGAUAUUUAAGCUGAUCGAUGAGAACGAUGCAGUGGAUCACACUGUUAAGGUGUCAUACCUUGAGGUUUACAAGGAAGAAUUCAGAGACUUGCUGGAGGUGGAAACGGCAAGUAAGGACAUCCGCACCCGAGAGGAUGACAAAGGAAACACAGUGCUCUGCGGUGUCAAGGAAUGCGAAGUGGAAGGUUUGGACGAAGCUUUGAGCCUACUAGAAAUUGGUAACACAGCCAAACACACUGGCACUACACAGGUCAACACAGAUUCCAGCCGCUCUCACACCAUCUUUACCAUUACCAUGGAACAGAGGCGAGGACUUGGUCGAACCACACGACUCGCAGCUGCUGCUGGAGAUCUGUUAAGUUCCACACAGGUGAUAACUUCUAAGUUCCAUUUUGUGGACCUGGCAGGCUCAGAACGAAUUGUGAAGACGGGCAACACUGGCGAACGCCUGAAAGAAUCCAUUCAGAUCAACAGUGGAUUGUUGGCAUUGGGCAAUGUCAUCAGUGCCUUGGGCGAUCCAAGGAGAAAGAGUUCGCAUAUUCCUUAUCGAGAUUCCAAGAUUACCAGAAUCCUCAAAGACUCACUCGGCGGGAAUGCAAAGACGCUAAUGAUUGCCUGUAUAAGCCCCUCUUCGUUCAACUUUGAUGAGAACUUGAACUCUUUAAAUUAUGCCAAAAGGGCUCAGAACAUUAAAAACCGAGCAGUGAUAAACUGCAAGAAGGAACAGGAUCGUACCAAUGAGCUGGAACUGCAAAUCAAGACGCUUCAUGAGGCUUUGGAGCACAACAAACCAGUGGCACCAAGCAAGUGCUUCAGGCGGUCGACUGAGGAGUACAUGGCCCGAUUACAUGCUGAGAGCUCCCAUUACCGGACCUGCACAGAUACUGCGUAUCGAAUCUUUAUGGAACUACAGGGAGACAGGAACCUCACGGUAGAUCAGGUGCUAAAAGUGAAAGAGUGGAUAACAAACGUGGAAGAGACGCGGAGUGAGCUUUCCACUGCCUCUGGCCUGGACAGUGGUAUUGAGUGCAAUUCAGCUGAUGAACCCAAGACCCGGGAUGCAUCCAAGCCACAGGGUCCCAGUGAAGUUGACACAGGCCCCAGGCAAGAUCAGAAGCAGCUUGUUCCAAAACUGCAGGCAAAGGUUCAGCAGCUAGAGGAAGAGAACAAAGAUUUCCUGGCAGCUCUCGAGGAUGCCAUGGAGCGGUUUAAACAGCAGAAUGAAACAUUAUUGGACCAGGAAGAUCAGAUUGUUGAAUUGCAGAGCAGACUGAAGCUGGUAGGAGGGAAUCAGCCUGCAGUGUCAAUGGAUGAGCUGCUGGAGACUCUCCAUCUUGCUGACCUCUGCUGCAGACCCCACACUGCCCCUCAGGGCACUACUCACCCUUGCAGAUUAAAUGUGCCACAUUCCAAUCACAUUCUCAAUGAUGAGACUGGAAGAAUACAUUCCAAAAAGAUUUGUGCCUCUUCCAUGGAGCUUGCAGGUGCUGGGUUUCACAGCCGCAAUCAUUGCCUGCAGAGGAGCCUGGCAGACAGGGAUUCUGCGCUUCAUGGAUACUUCAGCAAGGAUUGCGAAACAAUGGUGUCGCGAUCUGAUGAGGAACCAGAGGAGGAUGAAUCCUGCGGGAGUAAAGGAAGAAACAGACACCAGAUCAAUCGGACAUGGACAAAAAGAGAUGUUCCUGGAAUGGUCAGCACACUGAAAAGCAGAAACAGCCUUAACCAGCUCCAAGACAGUGAUUUGAGCAGUCUGCAAAGUGAAGUAAUGAAAUCUCCACACAGGAAGGGAGACCAGAAUGGGGCCCACUCGCUGCCAUUCUCUGAUGAAUUCAGGGAAGGUUCACCUGUAUACCAUCUCCCGGCGAAGAACUCUGAGUGGAGGCUUGUCCAAGCACAGCACAAGAUGCGGGAACUGGCGAUCAACAUCCGCAUGAAGGAAGAAUUAAUCAAAGAACUCAUCAAAACAGGGAGAGACGCCCAGGCGAUGAAUAAGCAGUACUGUCGGAAGAUUCAAGAGUUGGAACAGGAGGCGGAACAGGCAAGGGCAGAGCUGACUGAAGCUCAGAAACAGCUCCUGGACCUUGAGGAGAAAGAACCCAGGGAUCCUAUGGAAAGGGCCAAGCUCCAGGAGUACCAGAAAAAAUUUGUUGCAGCACAGAGUAAAGUGCAGGUGCUCAGACAAAAGAAGCGGGAUACAGAGCGACUGGUUUCGUUGUCAUCACAGAGUGAGCGGCGAAUCCAUGAGAUGGAGAGAAAUGUGCAGCUAAUGAAGCAGCAACAGGCAUUGCUGCAGAAAAAGCUGAAAGAGGAAAUGGAUCAGAAAAGGCGACUUGAGACAGAGAUGCAGAAAGGAAAACAUCGAGUGAAGGAGCUUGAAAUAAAACAUAAGCAGCAGCAAAAGAUUCUUAAGAUUAAAACCGAAGAGAUUGCAGCCUUCCAAAGGAAGAGGAGGAGUGGCAGCAAUGGGUCUGUAAUUAGCCUCGAAGAGCAGCAGAAAAUUGAAGAACAGAAAAGGUGGUUGGAUACAGAGAUUGAGAAGGUUCUCGAACAACGGAAGGCGCUGGAUGACCUUGAAGAGGAGCUGAAGAAACGAGAGAUCAUUGUAGAAAAAAAAGAAGCCUUGCUACAGGAGAAGAGUGGGCUGGAGAACAAGAGGCUGCGAUCUAGUCAGGCUCUGAGCAACAACAUUGUGAGAGUGUCAAGCCGCAUUGAAUCUCUGGAGAAGGAGCUGUCCGAGAAGAAUGGGCAAUUGCGAAAUGGCAGUGCUUGUGACCAACAGGAAAUUCGUGAAGAGAUUUCCAACCUGCGGCACGAAAAGGAUCAGAUGAUGAAACAGCGCACUGAACUAGAUGAGAAGCUACGGAUGGGAAACCUGCUGUCAGCAGAGGAAGAAAGGAUCCUCUUCCAGCUGGAUGAAGCUAUUGAAGCUCUGGAUGCUGCUAUUGAGUAUAAGAACGAGACAAUCACACGUCGACAGAGGGUGCUGCGUGCGUCGGCCAGCAUGCUGUCCCAGUGCGAAAUGAACCUGAUGGCAAAGCUGAGCUAUCUCUCAGCAUCAGAAACUAGAGCACUGCUAUGCAAGUACUUUGACAAGGUAGUGACACUCCGAGAAGAGGAACGCAAGAUGCAGCUUGCAUUCAUGGAGUUGGAGAUGCGUGCUGAGGAGCAGCAGAAGCUCGUUUACUGGUUGGAGGCAGCAGUAGAGCGCCAGCGACUUGAGACGGAUCGUCGCCUCACUCUCCAGCAGAAGGAACAUGAGCGGAACCUGCAGCUUCUGCUCCAGCACUGCAGAGGACAAAUGGAUGAAGGAAUUGCUGGGAGUCAGAGGCAGUAUGAGGGCUGGAUUCAGAUGCUGGAGAAGGAGCUUGCCUGGUACAAACAAGCCAAUCACGAGCUGAACAUGAAACUGAGAGAACUGUCCAGUUAUCUCUUGAAUCAACCAGCAGAGCAGAGCAAACGUCUUGGAUUUGUUGGCAGAGCUUCAGUAACUGUUGACCCAGUGCCCCCACCAUCUGGGAUAGAAGAAAUUGGGAAUAAUAUUCCACCAGAACAAGUAUCUAUGCCAUCAGCUGCUCUGGAACGGAUUCCCAAAUCCAGAGAGGAGCUCCGGGAUCUAGUUCACGCACCUCUGCCACCCACUUGGCGAAGGUCAUCUCUGCCUACAGAGGAACAGCCUGGGCUUGAAGAACUGAGACUGAGAGACUCACUGGAGCAUACAUGCAAUAGGGUGGUGCAACCUGCAGAGGGUGCCAUGCACUGGAGUAUUGCACCCGUGCAGAAAUCCCAAAAAACAUUCAGACCGGCAAGUCUCAAUGCAAACAUUUCUUUCUUCAAUCCUGGGAUCAUUGAUGUCCGAAAGAAUCCAGUGGGAUAGCUGAACAGUUGGAUACUGCAUGCCAUGUUAAAGAACACAUCAGCAGUUUCUCAUUGCACAGUGAAGAAAACAAACUUUAAAGAAAAGUAUUUUUAUUCCAAAAUUUCCUACACAGCAAUUAAAAUCUAACAAGAAAACAGUUGAAGCAGAAUUCUGAUGAAGCUUAGGUGAGUCAGGCAGCAAUGAAUAAAGUAAACUUGUUUCAAUUCACUUUUUUAAAAAAAACACUAUCUUGAAAACAGUGAGAUUAAUGAUUAUAACAAUAAGAGUUGAAACUCAAGGGCAGAAUCACACCAAAGUUUGGGAACAGGAAUACCAGCACUGGGUGAUUAAAUUCCCUAGCUAGGGAUAAACUGAUCACAUACUGAAAGAGCUGCAAAGUUCUCCAAUUUAGAUCUGAUUGCUGUUCUUGUUGGAAAGGAUCAAAACCAUCCAGAACUCCUUCAAAAAAAAGUGUACCAAAUUGCUUUGUAUAUGUGUUUGUGUUCCUAUGCAUUGUGCAUGUCCUGUAUUUCUGAGUGAUUGUAUGGCCCUUCUUAUGUGCAUUAAGUUGAGAAAAACUGAUAAUUUGUAACUUUACUUACACUUUGCAGCUUAAACCCUACGUUAUACCCAGCAUAUCUAAAUUUGGUGUGAAUAUCAUCUUGUAUUACCUUGAGUGCCUAAUCCCAAUUUUGGAACAUUUUCUUAGUUAUUUGCCAAAAGUUGGUUGUUUCAGAAAGGUGGUCAAGAUAGGUGUAGGUUACAAAAUUAGACAUUGACUCUAGGACAUGGAUUUAAAUCUAGCCCCGACUGAUGAUCAGUUCAUCAGGGUGUGAAAGAAAUAAUGGUUUAGGAGGUGGGAAAGAAGGAAACCUAGAAAGAAUAUUAGCUUCAUUUUUGAACAACUUUAAAAACUUUAUCUAAUUGACAGACAGAAUUAUGGUUUACAAGAUUGAGCCUUUGAAUGUCACAGGCUCUUUAAACACUCAUGUUAAGAAUGGAACAAAUAAAAGGAGUUCUGCCUUU